AUGAUAAUUAGUGUUAAGGUACGAGGAACUACAGUGACUAUCGAGUCACCUCGUUCCUCCUCCAGCCUGACCAAGAGCAGCACCCAACAGCUCAAGGAGCGUCUUCGGGAACUGAAGGCUGACCAACACUGCCACGGUAACUCAGGUUCGGGCACCGAGUACUCUGACGUGACCCAAAGCGAUGACCUCACGCUCACCGGUCGCAGGUCACCUCCCAGAUCCCCCGAUAGGCCACAAGGAAGAUCAGUCAGCAAGUCCCCCGAAAGACCUCAAAGGAGAUCAACCAGUGUAUCUCCGAAGAGGUCACCUAGAAGAUCUACCGGUGGGUCUUCCAGGAGAUCGCCAGCAAGGUCUUCCAGGAAGCCCUCUGGAAAUUCCCCAAAAGAACUCAAGAGGAGUUCGACUGUGCCUCAGGAGGAAGGGACUGAUGAAGUGGCUUCCACAUCUUCAGUGGUGAUAUCCUCAGCUGCUUUAGUGGCUCAAGAAAGUUCCAGCGGAGGAGAUGCGGUGGUUUCCAGACCGCUGUCACUACCCGCAGCAGUUUGCCAAGAAUUCGGGCAGUUGUCCAACAAGAGAAUUUCAGCGCCGGCGAAGAUUUCAACCAGCUCACGAAGCAGCUCAAGAGAAUCAGGUGUAUCACUGGAAGCCCAGAAAGUUCUUGAACCCACAGAUGCUUCGACACGUACGCCUCCCAUGUCUCGAGAAACACAAAGUGAACAAAAGUCAGUUCUGAUGAACGGCAGUCUUUCCUCUAGUCGGACAUCGAGGAAGUCGCCAAUUGUCCAAGAUCUCACGUUGGAAGAUAAAGUUUCUUUGAAUAAGAAGCCCACUCUAGUGGAGCAGAGAAGGAGGCAUUCAAUGGAACCUCGCAGAAAGUCUGUGGAGCGGAGCAAGAGGUUCUCUGAGAGCCACAGGAGCUCGUCUGUAACCAGCAAGAAGGACUCUGAUAACUGGAGUAACUCGUCCGAAUUUCGAAAACGGUCUUCGUUACCAUGCAAGAGAGACCCAGAGAAUUGGAGGAGUUCAUUUGAGACCCAGAAGAACCAGGCCGAGGCUGUUAGAAACUCCCCUGAGAUCCUCAAAAAAGCACCAGACACUGCGUAUAAAUCUUCCGAUAUUCGGAAAAGGUGUUCGCUACCAAGCAAGAGAGAUCCUGAUACCUUCAGUAACUCUCCCGACUUUCGAAAAAGAUCUUCGUUACCUAGCAAAAGAGAUCCUGAUAACUGGAGGAAGUCGUUCGAAAUCCACAAGAAUACGCCAGAAGCUUUCAAGAAUGUGUCAGAUGCAGGCGUGACUUCUUUCAUUCGAAAGACUUCUUCUGAAAGGAUAAGGAGCUCGAGCGUAAAUACCGAGAACUCAGAUGAGGUUCGGAAGAAAUCUAGAGAAAUUCCAAGAAAAUCAUUCGAUGAAAGCAAAAGUAGGAGCUCAUCUGUGUCAGAUACGGCAUCUACCACAGGUGUUGAUGAGUCGGUGAAGACACACAAGAGCUCAACAGACAACCGCACGAGUGAGAACCUGAAGAAUUCUCUCGAGUCCCAAGAACCCAGAAACGACGCGAAUGAUGAAGGAAUCCAAAUGGCUUGUUAAGACCACAUGUAUAUGUAAUGCGGGGAGCUUUUUUAUAUCUAAAACUUGUCCACAUAAAUUGGGUUCAGCUGUUCAGAUAUGCUAGACUCUUUAUUUCGACGAUCGUACACUAACGCAAGUUCGACAAUGAACACUGGUGAUAGAUUCAUAAAUUGACUGAAGUGUAAGAGUGUCAGUUGCUCUUGGACACAUGUACUCAAGUUUAUGACAAGUAUGUACUCGGAAACACGAAUUUAAACUUUUAAAGCGACAUUCACGAACGCAUUCAAGCUAACCCAUCACGGACUAGUGAAUCGUAGCAGAGAAAACUAAAGCAACAAAACAAACACUGAAUAAAAGCACUGAAAACAUACGUGUUUAAGUACUAGUACAAAGAACACUGAUCCACUCAGAGGUUCUGAGUACUAAGAUAUUAAAUCGCACUCCAGAUAAUGCACCCAGAGUAAAAACCUCAUUUAAACUUCGUUAUACAAGUAAGCCUGGCUUCAGACCUGGCUGCGAGGGGAGUAGAACCUCGAAGCUGCUCGCAGGUAUAUCACAAGUACGCUCAAGAAAAACCAUAAAUAAAGGGAUAUUGCGAGGUGCUAACUGCCUGUGAGGAAGACAAUCUCCGUUUUCUGUUGCCUUCAGGAAGGAGCAGCACCAGGCGUCAGCAGUAACUGUUGUAUCAGAGGCCAUCUAUGGUGCUGACCUGCCAAGAAUCACUCGAUUCCAUUUACCCAGCUUGUGGGGGAUAAGUAGCAGUAACGCAUCAGCGUGUAUACGUUUUUAUAUAUGUGUAUGUGUGUGUAUGGUAAAGUUCCUUACUCAAGAAAACACAAUUGUGGCCUGAGGCUCCAACAAAAGCCCUCAUCAACAAAAUUUUAUUGUUAUUUUUAUUGGGGAAGCGUUAAACCCUCAGGGGACAUAUGGCGUCUGGGAAUGGGAGGCAAUUAGGUUCGAGUCAUGGAAGGGAAGAACAACUGAUCCAGUUCCUAGGAUUAAGAGCCCUCUCACCGGCACUGAAAACCCUCUAUCGAGGGACCACGUAGACAAAACAUGUCACAGUAACCACUGCGUAACCCGGAAUUAACCAAAGUUUUCUUCCUGACUGACUUCACAUCAACCACAGUGUUGCUGGAACCUGUUCAUCAACGACGUAUUUAGCAAUUAACGUCACCUGAUGGAACUUUCUAUCUUCAAAAUUUCAAUCUGCGCAACAGAGGUCUAUUGCAUAAUUUUUUCACUUGAUAAGCGUAUGACUAGGAUUUUGGUGAAUUGUAUUAGAUUUAUACUUGAAAUAGAUAUAGUAUUUUGCGAAGACAUUAAUGUAUCAAGGUAGAUAGAGUCAUGUAUUAUGUUGGAUACGUUAAAAAUUUUUUACGAAUGUUCAUAAUGAUGGUGAAGAGAGUGAAGUAUAGUGAUUGAACAUAGUAAGGUAUAACUGAUAUAAAAUACUUUAUCUUUUAUACAGUCUUGCAUUAUAUUGACUACAAUAAUACAGUCUUUGACACACGGAUAAUGAAACAUAUUGUGCUGGAUACACUUACAACAAAGGUGUGAUAACUUAAGCUUCUAAUUUAUGAAUUAUGUUGUGUAAAUUGAAUAAUUAAGGAGUUUUUUUUUUGAAAGAUAUAAGGAAAUAAGUUCAACACACAAGAUGAACAGUAAAUUUAAUCAGAGUACAAUGAUUGUAAUGAUGUAUAGUACUGGAAUACUGAUACAUUGUAGCUGAUGUACACACAACCAGUAAAUUUAAACUUUAUUAUAGAAUUCUAUAAGUUUACAAUGAAUGCUUGUGUUUUAUCAAUA